AAAAAAGGCCCAAUAAAGCCCAAAUAAUUGUCCAAAAGGCCCAAAAUAGACCCAUUUAACCCAACCCAAAAGAAGAUCAUUUGAGUUAUCGCCUUUCAUUUAGACUUCCAUAGAUUUUCCAUUAAGCCUUCGACGUGUCCGUACAACACCUUGCCCCAAAAAGCAAAAAUGUCAACGUUCCCCGAUUCGUUCACUCAACUCGACGACGACUCGGUCGAGUCUCUUCCACACCAGGAACAUGACGGAAGCGGCUACGAAGGAUACGACCCGUCUCAGCAAUUCGACUCUUUCGCGGCCGAGUCGGACCCGGCCAAGGACUCGACUGAGGACGUGUUUGAAUCGCAGCCGUACACGAAUGGUGGAGGAUUUGGCCAACAUUUCAGCGGAUCGGACGGCCCCAUUUUGCCACCGCCAUCGGAGAUGGAGCACGAGGAAGGGUUUGCUCUCAGGGAAUGGAGAAGGGAGAAUGCUAUCCGAUUGGAGGAGAAAGAGAAGAGGGAGAAGGAGUUGUUGAGCCAAAUAAUCGAGGAAGCUGAGCAAUACAAAGUUGAGUUUUACAGAAAGAGAGAGGCCACCUGUGAAAGCAACAAAGCGAAUAACAGAGAAAGGGAGAAGAUAUUUGUAGAAAACCAAGAGAAGUUCCACACUGAGGCUGAUAAGCAUUACUGGAAAGCAAUUGCAGAGCUCAUUCCUAAUGAAGUGCCAGCAAUAGAGAAGAGAGGAAAAAAAGAUAAGGAGAAGAAGCCUUCCAUUGUUGUGGUCCAAGGUCCGAAGCCUGGGAAACCAGCUGACCUUUCAAGGAUGAGACAGAUACUCUUGAAACUGAAGCACAAUACACCUCCCCACCUGAAGCAUUCUCCACCGCCAGCACCUGCCCCUGCAAAAGAUCAAGAUUCAAAAACCAGUAAUACUCCUGUCACGGCUGCUCCUCCUGUCACAAGCACCCCCAAGGCUGUAGUUGCUGCUUAAUAUUUUCAUUUCGACGUUUUUCAGCUUCUGUAAUCAAAACUAUCUUAGAUUAUCUUGUUCUGAUAUGAUGUUUAGCUGGUCAUCAUAACCAGUAGGGUAUAUUCGAUUGUAUGAGAUUAUAAAUUAGGAGUUUCUCUUUGCAUGAAUCUAUGUCAUUUGGACGGGAUGUAGACUGAGAUAAGUUAUUUUGUCUAUAGAAUUUCUUUUUAUAUUCAA